CGUUCACGGAGCGUCGUCUUAUCCGGUAACCGGGCUCUUCGCGUGCGUCUCCGCGCGACGACAAUUUCCCCGACAAAUUGUCGCAAUUGUUUUUUGCUCUGCGCGAAAAAAAGUCGGCCGUUUUAAAAGUUUCUCCCCCCCCCCCGUACAAGGGGCGUCCAAUCCGCUUGAGGUCGUCCGAUUCGCGAUCGCGCGAUUUUUUUUUCAAACGUAGACCGUGAGAACCGAAUCCGAGAGAGAGAGAGAGAGAGAGAGAACGUUCGACGACGACGACGACGACGGCGGCGGCGGCGAUUUACCGUUGAUACAUACACAGGUCGUGCGAGAGCGCGUGUGACGACUUAACUUUCGUCUGCUGCGCGCGGCCGCUUUUGCCUCGCGCACAAAAAUCGGUCGCGCCUCGCUGGAAAUAUGUAAGAUCGAGAAGAGAUACGCGAAGGGAACGCGCGGAGUUGGAGAGAGAACUUUCGAGUCCGUUUCGAGGGAGAGCGCUCAUCUCGUGUGAGACGAGAAAGGAAGACGCGGACACAAUCGCCGCGGCGUGCCCCGAGAUCGCGUUCGAUCUCUCGAUCACCAAAUAUCGUUUCUCUCGAUCUGAUCGCGCGUUCGCGAAUCUCUCGACUCGGUUCGCUUAUUUUACACUGUUCACGCUUCUACGUAUAUAUAUUGUUCACGGGGGGAAAAAAAAAACGAUGCGAGACGGAGUUCGUCUUGGGCGACGCAUGUAAGAAUGCGAGACUGAGAAAGGAGCAGCACGGAACGCGCGCGCGGCCACGUAAUAUCCUCCAUCUCCUCUCUCUCUCUCUCUCUCUCUCUCUUUCGCGCUUCCACGAGAGUUGUUGAGAAGCGACAGAAGAAGAAUUCGACUCCCCCCGUGAUAUUUGGCGAUCGGCUCUGAAAGAGAAGAGGGUACCCCCGCACGGAAUCGCAACGCACACGCAACGUCAUGUCAAUGAGCUACCUGCUCGUGUUGUCUUUGCUGAUCGUCGCGUGGCAGAGCGGCGCACAGGCCAACUGGUGGUACUUGGGGCUGGAGCCGAGGCUGACAUCCGGCCCGGUUCAAGGGAGCGGCGUAGAUUCGCAAAUCGCCGGCGCGGGUGUGAUCGGACCGGCGAGCGCCGAAAAGAACUGUAAGAACGUGUACCUGACCACCAAGCAGCAGACAAUAUGCUCCCGCUCGCCGCCCGUUCUGCAGGCGGUGAGCGCGGGCGCCAGACUCGCCAUAGAGGAGUGUCAGCACCAGUUUAGAUCAGCAAGAUGGAACUGUUCCGUCAGUCCGGAAAAUCCCGAGAACGUGUUUGGCGGCGUUAUGUUAGUCAAUAGUCGAGAGGCCGCGUUCGUAUACGCCAUAUCAGCAGCCGGAGUCGCUUACAGUGUCACGAGAGCCUGCUCCAGAGGCGAGCUCACCGAUUGCUCCUGCGACAACCGAGUGAGAACGCGACGGCAGAACAAUUGGGAAUGGGGAGGAUGCAGCGAAGAUAUACAUUUCGGAGAGAAGUUUUCGCGAGAAUGGUCCGAAGCCGGAGAGGAACCGAUAAAAGAGGGCGUUCUGCACGGGCCGAAAGGACUGGCUGGCCAGCUGAUGAGGAAACACGAUAGCGAGGCCGGUAGACGUGCCAUUCGCUCUAGGAUGCAACGCGUAUGCAAGUGUCACGGCAUGUCCGGUUCGUGUAGCGUGCGCGUGUGCUGGAGAAGACUUCCGGCGUUCAGAAUGGCCGGAGUGGCCUUGGCGGCUCUACACGAAGGCGCCGCUCUGGUGCGACUGGCGCAGCGCGGCGGACGUAAACCAGCCAGGCUCAGACCUGCGCGUCCCGAUCUCAAACGACCGAACAAAACGGAUCUAGUUUACCUCGAGGACAGUCCCGAUUAUUGCGAAAGAAAUCUCACGCUCGGCAUUCCCGGCACACGAGGAAGAAUAUGCAAUCGGACGUCUCUUGGUCUUGACGGAUGCCGGCUGCUGUGCUGCGGCCGAGGCUACCAGACGCGGGUGCGGGAUGUCACCGAGAAAUGCAAGUGUCGAUUUGUCUGGUGCUGUCACGUGAAGUGCGAGUUGUGUCGGCAAACGCGGGAAGAGCACGUGUGCAACUAAAGAGAGAGAGAGAGAGAGAGGAGAGAGAAAGAUAGAGAGAGAGACGGUAAAUGCAUUCCCGAGGAGUUCGGCCUAUCUCUGUGUAGGAAACAACGUGCUCAUAAAACAUCGUUAAGUUUCGGAUUAAUUAUUCGUUGCCGCGCAUUUUACGUUUUACAUCCUCGUCAAUUAGCGCCGCGAGAGGCUACAACAACGAUUAACGUUGCUCUCUGUCUGAUGACGGUCGUACGAGUGAGUUUCGUUCUUUUUAGCAGUCAGCCGGGUCAUAUGAAUAAACAAGCAAACGCUCUCGUUCUCGUCGAUCGACCAAUUGCGACAUAAAUUUUUCAUAUAUGCGUUUACAAAAAUAACAUAUGUGAACGUUCAGUUCAAACAAUCUGUUUAAUUGCACACUCCUAUCAAGAACAUUUGCUCCGUUGUGUUACUCAUAUGACUUGUGAACUCAAAACGUAUAAUCUAAAUCUCGAAACAGUUAGAGAUGCGAUUUUCACGUCUGCGCUAAAGAGAGACUCAAGCGAGUGAAUAAUCUUGCGACGAUUAAAAGUUCUCAGUAUUAUUAACGUCGUGUAGCCGACAUUAAUGUCCGCGAAGUAGCUUGUCGCGCGUGGCUUAUCAAACUGGUCUCUUGACUUGUCAGGUGCCACGUUUACUCGGUGAACGUUAAUGCAUUGAAAGUAGAUGUGUUUUACUUUAAUUUACAUUUAAUCGCGUAAUUCUAUCUCUCAACUUGGACGCGCGCACCGCAAAAGAGAGACUUGUAUUCCAGGGACACAUUAACAUGCCAUGCGUGUGCUCGCUUCGCAUCAUCGGGCUCGUGUAAUCUGAUGAUUCGCGCGAGCAAACAAUGCGAAUGGCGAUAUAUAACGGCAAGUUAUUUCUCUCUC